UAUUAGCUUAUAAACAUCUUAUUCCAUUAACAUUCAACUUAUGAUUUUCAAUGGUGUAUGUAUCUUUAGGCUUAUUUUUUCGUUUAUUUGAUUAAACCCCUUUUAUUUUAUUUAAUGAAAUUCAACAGAUUCAACGAAAUCAAGGUUUCUCGUGAUGAAUGAACAAUCUACACCACCGGCUAACCACUCCAUCCUUCCGGCAAAGAGAAGACGAGGCCGACCACGCAAAGACGGCGGCAUUCCUCAAAGAGGAUCCUGUCCGGCCCCAUCACAACAGCCAACCCCCUCCCCGGAAGUUGUGCAGAAAACUUUGCAACCUCUUGAGGUGAACCAAACUAGCAAUGGGGUUGAAAACCACAUGGUUGGGAAAAUGGUUACCGGCGUGAUCGACGGUUUUUUCGAUGCUGGUUAUUUCCUAACCAUACGGGUCGAAAACGAUACCACUUUGCUCCGUGGAGUGGUUUUCCGACCAGGGCGGUUCGCUCCAAUAUCCGCAUCAAACGACGUGGCACCGCAAGCUAAAAUGUAUCACCGAAAAGACAUCCCUGUCCCGCCGAGUCCCACCAUCCCUCAAGUUGAAAGCCAGGUAAACCAACCGCCACCGCCACCGCCGACGGUUCCUCCACCCGAUCCGUUUUCCUUGCAAAUGACCAAUACGCCGUUCGUACACCAAAGUCAUGAUCAGAGGUUUCAGAUCCAAACCCAAUCCGACCAUAGACCGGAGAAUCUUAGGACGGUGGAGCAUGAUGACGUCAUGCAGGUGUUUGAAAUCUCACCACCCCAAUCACAAGUUCCCAAUGAAGAAGCUGGACAUGAUGAACUCAUAUUGUCAGGAUCGGAUCAUAACCGAAACCCAACGGGUGACCCGGGGAGCCAAUCGGAUAUGAAAAAUGGGCUGGUAAUUCCCAAUGGUGAUCCUGGAUCGUUAGAAGCUCCUCUAAGAGGAGAAUAUGAAGAACAUCUUAUCAACCAAAGGGACCAUAACAGUGAACAAAAAAGCCAGAAAGUGGGGGACACCGAAUCGCCCGGAGUUGCUCAAAAUGGAAAGCUUGGUGUGAUGGAUGAUCCCAUGGAAAGGAAUGAUUGUACGAAGAACAAUGAAGCCUUACAUGGUUCUUUAAAAGAGUUUUCAUCAAUGGAAGAAAGAACUGGGGAAAUCCUGACACUUGGGAUAGGGGGAUCAAAUGGAGGAGGAGGAAGGGAUGCUAUUGCUGACUUUCUUGUUCCACGACCAGACAACAACAUUGAAUCUCCCAAAGAAACUCAUCAUUGAUAAAAAGUCAUCCUUUACUCUCACAAUUUGAAUUGCUCUUUAUGUGAUAGUUAUUCUGCUUUUUUUUUAUAUAGGGGGAGGGGGGUUGUAGCCGAGUUCUGCUAUGAACUUUUAAGAACUAUAUAUAUUUCACAUCUCUAUUCCCUUUUGUUGAUCAUGAAUGACUUCAGAAGUGGAAUACACUUAUACUCCUUCAUGCUUUAGCUCUUUUGCUUUACGUGCCUCCCUCGGUAAACCUAUCAAAGAGGGAGCAGAUUUAUGCGUGCUCAGUAACAAGCACACUGGCUUGAUGAAUAUUGAGAGAAUUCUGACUAUUCAUCACGCUUGUGUGCUUAGUGAUCAUGCUAGCGUACUACCUAUAUUUUUUAAUCACACAGGUCAAUCCGAACAAAUUUCCACCAAUUGCAACGGAUUGGUCUGAUUAUAUAUAGAAUUGCAAAUUGAU